AUGUCCACUCCUGCAGAUAGCUUGUCCGCCAAUCGAAAUGCAGGGUCGCCGUUCGGACUGGGGUCGGGAGUCAUGGAGCUCUUUCAAAGAUCGUCACCGCAGCGUUGUAGCUGGGGAGGUGAAGAGGAGAGCGGAGUCGAGCCUUUGGAAGAGUAUAGGGACGCUACGGCCCAUUUCCUGGGCUUUGCCAGCGAGCAAGAUCCACAUCUUCUCUCUACAUUUCGUUCCAACAUCCUCAAUGAGACCAGCUACGUCGACGCAAAGAUCCGUCAAGUCCUCGCAGGCAAUGACGAUUUGGGACAGCCACCGAUACACUUCAGCAUCAUCAGAAACCGGUUUCCUGAGCCCGACCAAAGGGUCAAACAACACGCCUCUGAUUUGAUCGAAGCUCACGUGGGCAAUCACGGCGAUGCCUUGGUUCGCCUGUUCUUUCGCUUCGUUCACCCAACUUAUCCCAUUCUUUCCAAACGGCAUUUCCUGGAAGCGUACCGGAAUGCAAAAUUGGGCAUUUCGACUGCACUCCGGGGAGUGGUGUAUGGCCUUGCAACGGUCUUCUGGCAGCAAGACGAGACACUGCGACACCUGGAUCCGAUCGACCAAGGAAAGCUGUUUGAGCUUGCGCAUUUCUCACUCAACCGGGAGCUGGACUCCCCGAAGCUCUCCACGCUGCAGGCAGCUCUUCUGAUCAUGCAUGAACUUCCCCAGGCCACUGGCACGCUAGAGAGUCCAAGGAUAUGGACCUUAUCCUGCCAGGCAGUCUCAUGUGCACAGAGCCUCGGCCUUUAUCGUGACCCUUCCAGAUGGCAGAUUCCACGCUGGGAGAAGUGCCUUCGCAAGAAAUUGUGGUGGGCGGUGUAUCUGACGGACAAGUUCUCGUCCAUCGGACACGGAAACCCAUCUCACAUUGCUGACGAUGGGUUCGACACACCGGCGUUAGAAAUGGCAGACCUGGCUUGUGAUGAAGACAUUAGUGGGCAUGCCUCGGGCCGUCUCCUCCUGGACGAACAGACGCACUUCGACAUUCAAAACGCUUUGCAUUUCUUGGAAAUGAUUAAGCUAUCACAACAGCUAAGUCAUAUACUGGAGAGGUUUUACUCGAUCAAAAGUGUGAGUGGUGAUUAUUUGCUCGAGACAAGAGGAGAAGCCCUCAGAUCCCUUUUGGUCCGGCUUGAAGCGUGGUAUGCAAUCCUACCGCAAUGCUUGACGAUGGAUUAUUCGCAAAGUCAAGGGGUGCCCAAUAUGCAUGGGUCACUCCACCUCGCAUACUUCGCUGUCAAAACCCUGGUGUUCCGUGCUCUUAUGUUCCCGGCCACUGCGGCAUCGAAAGCAAACCCCUGCUCCGAACUGCGGCUGAACUUACCAGAAGCCUUAUCUCAAUCCCGUGCUUUUAUCAACUACGUCGCUAAGAUCCGCGCGGAGGAUGCCAAAAUGUUCUGGGGCCGCCAUGCUCGAUCAAACCUCCUCCUGGCCGGGAAUUUCCUCGUGUAUCUGUUCUUACUCGCGGUAGAAGAAGAGCAUGUCAAGACCGCCUAUGAUCUUCUCGAAAGCUACCACAAUUCCUUGUGCUACUUGGUGAAGGUUUCGGACAGCACGACCAUGGGAUUGAUCAGACCCGCUGUUCUUCGAUCGGAAUCGUUUUUCCAACAGGCGCCGUGGAUCCUUCGACAUGGGUUUCUUUAG